ACUAACAGACCGGAGGGAAUCUGACAAGCACGCUAGUUUGAGCGGGUUGCCACAAAACAGUCAAUGAAAAUUCAACUGGCCAGACUGAACCGUCGACCGCAGCAGAUGCCGAAUGGCAGAUACUCCCUGCUUUUCCCUGGGAGGGUGAUUUGAAUGAGUUGGAUGUAAAUGACGGUGCGCCACCGCACUGGAUGUCUAGAUUUGUGUCGGGGAGAGAUUUACAAGCGCGCGCUACCCGGAGACGCCGUUCUUGAGGAGCUGAAACAGAAGAAGCUGCUCUGAACUACAUCAGUCUCAGCAGCUGCCAUGACAGGGGUGGGGGCAGAGGAUGACAUCCCUCUCUGUGAGAGGAAAACUGUCACUGACUUCUGCUAUCUCCUGGACAAGUCCAAGCAGCUUUUCAAUGGCUUAAGGGAUCUGCCUCAAUAUGGACACAAGCAGUGGCAGUCCUAUUUUGGCCGAACGUUUGACGUCUACACCAAGCUGUGGAAGUUUCAGCAGCAGCACAGACAAGUCCUGGACAACCGGUAUGGUCUCAAGAGGUGGCAGAUAGGUGAAGUGGCCUCAAAAAUUGGCCAGUUGUACUACCAUUACUACCUCCGCACUUCAGAAACAAGCUACCUAAAUGAAGCCUUCUCUUUCUAUUCGGCAAUUCGCCAACGGUCAUAUUACCACCAGGUCAACAAAGAAGACAGGCCAGAGCUGGUUGUAAAAAAGCUGAGGUAUUACGCUCGGUUUAUCGUUGUUUGUCUGUUGCUCAACAAGAUGGACCUGGUUAAGGUGUUGGUUAAGGAACUUUCGGAGGAGAUUGAGGACUACACCCAGCGCUUCAACACUGAGGACCAGUUAGAGUGGAAUCUGGUGCUGCAGGAAGUAGCAGCUUUUGUGGAGGCCGAUCCUCUGAUGAUCCUGAAUGAUGACAAUGCUGUGGUGGUCCUUUCCAAUCGGCUGCAGGAGGGAGGUGUGCCCCCUCUGGAGCAGGGCAUGGUGGUUGGCCAGCUCACCUUGGCAGAUGCUCUCAUCGUUGGCAACUGUAAUAACCAGGUGAAGUUCAGCGAGCUGACCAUCGAUAUGUUUCGAAUGCUUCAAGCGCUUGAGAGGGAACCGGUGAACCUGGCUACGCAAAGCUCCAAACCAGGGACACUUGUAAGAGAAGACUCUUACACUCUCCCUGUCACUCUCUAUGAGCCCAAUGAAAAGCCGGCCAAGAGAGAGAACCCUCAUAAAUAUCUCCUCUACAAACCAACCUUCAGCCAGCUCUACACUUUCCUGUCUGCCUCCUUCAAGGAGCUGCCGGCCAAUAGUGUCCUGCUGGUGUAUCUCUCUGCCACUGGAGUUUUCCCCACUGGACGCUCUGAGAGUGAAGGACCUUAUGACUUUGGAGGUGUCCUGACCAAUACUAACCGAGAUGUGGUGAAUGGUGAGACGGUGCAGAAAAGAAACCAGGCACAAAAAGAGAUGCACUGCCUCCACCCAGGAGACCUUUUCCCCUUCACUAGGAAACCUCUGUUUAUCAUUGUCGACUCCUCCAACAGCACAGCUUAUAAGAAUUUCUCCAAUCUGUUCGGCCAGCCCCUUGUUUGCCUGCUUUCUCCAACAGUAUAUCCGAAGAGCAUGCAAGACCAGUCUCAGCGUGGGAGUCUGUUUACUCUCUUCCUUUACAACCCCCUCAUGGGCUUCCUAUCUGUCUGUGGACUGAGCAGCAUGCGUUAUGGAUUGUGGGAAAAAGCCCAGGAACUCCUGCGGAAGGUUUUCCAUGACAUUGGCCAGAUGAUCACAAGUUCACGAGUUAUAGAUCAGGCGUAUCUGCAGUUUUAUGGUGAUGAGUUUCUGCGUCUGCUUAUGAUCCGCUUCGUGUUCUGCUCCUCCGCGCUCCGGUUACACAAGCUCUUCCGGGAAGCGAGGAGUUUUCCAGAAUCGUAUCCCCCUCUGCCAAAACAGGAGAUGGUGGAGAGCAGCCUUCUACAGAAACAUGUGCUGGAGCUGGCGGCUAUGCUGGACGUGCAAAACCUCUUUUCCGAUGGCAUGCUGGAUAACUAUUGACCACAUGGUGGCACCGUGCCAACUUACAGACACACGCACACAACACGCUUAUGCCCAUAAACACAAGCAUACACAAGUUGGUAGGCAGAUUCCUUUGAAUAAGCAGGUUGUUUAACCUAAUCUCAUUUAGAUCUAGGUAGAUUUUAACUGUUCGAGAGAAAAUAUCUCAUCUUCAUGGGGCAGAUAUUUCACAUGUAUUUCUAGAUUUUAAGAAACUACACACACCCAGAUGUGAAAGCGUUGCUCCCAAUAUACAGCAAUUUACCGCAUGCAUGUACCAUAUGAGUGUACUGUACGCGCGCAGGCACACAAGCCUGUUGAGGGCAGCUAUCACCUUUCCUCAAGGUGUUCAGAGAGCACAAGAUAACCAUCGAGAACGAACGAGAAACAUUUUAUAUGUCAAUUGGUAUAUUUCCAGGGAGAUUCUUCCAAAAAGAUGAGCCUAAGGCUUUGGCAAAACACAUUUUGGAGAAGGAAGGGUGUUUUUUUCUUCUCAACACUUUGCCUCUGCAACGUUUACACAACUCUUUCUGUAGGGAGCGUGCUGCAUGUUUGCAUUUAUUUGCUCUGUCUUGCCUUUUUUUGUUGUUGUUUUGUUCUGUUUGUGUUUGCUUUUGUGUCUUGACACAAAUCCUGCGGACUUUAGCCUGACCUUUUGAAGGAGGUCCACCAUGCUGUGCCUCUUUUGGGUUAUUUUGGUCAUCAGCUAACCAGUUCAUAAAGAAGAUACCGUAGUUCACCCAAAAGAUAACAUUUGCAGUUUAUAUUACUCACCCACAAACCAUCCAGGAUGCAGGUGACUUAUUUUCUUCUUUACUUUUGGUGUAAUAUUACAAUUUUAUAAAAGAAUGUUAACACCGACCAGCAUUUAGAGAACAUAACAAUAACUAUAGAGAACAAUAAACCAUACGGAGACCAAACUAAAUUAAUACCUGAGCCUUCAGAUGACACAUUGUGUUAGUUCACCCAAAAAUGCAAAUUCAUUCAUUUUUGGUUAAUUUUCCUACGGCUUGGUCUCUAUUUCAGAGGUUGCCACAAGGGAAUGAACCGCCAACUAUUCCAGCUAGGGCUGCAUGAUGUUGGAAAAAUUACAUAUUGUAAUACUUUUUUUUUAUUUGAUUUAUAUUGCGAUAUUAAUACAAUUUCACUAGAUAAGUUGAAUAAAUGUUUGUAAACAAUCUAUAAUUUUAGAUUAAAUGGGAAGAUUCUGUAGCGGGUGCAUAAAAUAUAAUAAACAAUCUACAAGCAUAGACACAAAUUCAAUGAAGAAAAAUAUGCAAAUUAAAUAAACAGCAUUAUAUUGUUUUGCAAAGAGUCAAAGUUUAUUCAGGUAUACAGUGAUUGAAUAAUUAAAUGUAAAAUAAUUCUGCAUAGUCUUUGUUUUGCAUCCCCUCACACAGUCACAGGCCUCAAAAAACACUUAUAAUAAAUUAUAUGAAAUGAUAAAUUAUAAUCCAGACUCAACAUUGCAUAUAUUCGCUAUGAGACUAUUGCAAAUGAUCACAUUGCGAUAUCGAUAACCCAGCCGGGACUCGAACCACCAACUUUCUUACUGUGAUGUGACAGUGCCAACCACUGAGCCACAAUGCCACUCAAAAUGCAAAUUAUUUUAAUUGAUUAUUCAUCCUCAUGUUAACCUUCAUUUGUUAUCAGAAUGCAAAGUAAGAUAUAUUAGGUCAAAUCUGAGAGCUGAGAGAAAGGUACCAAACACAUGCAUAAAACAGACCAUAUGCCUUCGGUGCUUCAGUCA